GUAACUCCAAAUCCGAACUUCGCUUACGGCCGCCUUGUUGCUGCACGAUCAAACACAGACAAUGGAGCUGGAUCACAAGCCUGGUGUGGAAGAGAUCAAAGCAGCCGCAUGGAGGGUUCGUGUUAUUUUGCAUGGAACGUCGAAAUGAUGGUAUAUCGUUGGCAGGAGGCUCGCAGAGACGGGAUAUUCGCUGGCUUGACGUCGGGCCUGGCAGGAGCAUUAGUAGGCUCCAAAUUUAUGGGCUUUGGCCGGAAUAAAACUAUUAUCAGUGGUGCUUGUGAGUCAAGAAUCAUCGCCCAUACUAAGUCAUGACUGAUAUGAAAUUCGAUCGAAUCGAAACGAACUUGUCUUUAGUGACGGGU